AAGGGUCUUGAGUGCGGGCGGGCGGACGGGAGCUCGUCAGAGUCCCUGGGAGUGGCAGCACUCAGGUGGCUGCAGAGCCGGGCUGCCGCGCCGCGCCGCACCAUGGCGCCCACCCUGGCCACUGCCCAUCGGCGCCGCUGGUGGAUGGCCUGCACCGCGGUGUUGGAAAACCUCCUCUUCUCGGCAGUCCUCCUGGGCUGGGGCUCUCUGCUCAUCAUGCUGAAGUCGGAGGGCUUCUACUCCUACCUAUGUACUGAACCAGAAAAUGUCACCAAUGGCACAGUGGGGAGCACCGCAGCACCAGAACACGAGGAGGUGAGCUGGAUGAAUGGCUGGCUCAGCUGCAAGGCUCAGGACGAGAUUCUAAAUUUGGCCUUCACCGUGGGCUCCUUCCUGCUCAGUGCCAUCACCCUGCCCCUGGGCAUCAUCAUGGACAAGUAUGGUCCGAGGAAGCUCAGGCUGCUGGGCAGUGCCUGCUUUGCUGUCUCCUGCUUAUUGAUUGCAUAUGGAGCCAGUAACCCAAACUCUCUCUCAGUCCUCAUCUUUAUUGCCCUGGCUUUGAAUGGCUUUGGUGGGAUGUGCAUGACCUUCACCUCAUUAACGCUGCCCAACAUGUUCGGCGACCUUCGGUCCACAUUUAUUGCCUUGAUGAUUGGAUCCUACGCCUCCUCAGCAGUUACCUUCCCAGGAAUCAAGCUCAUCUACGACUCGGGUGCCUCUUUCAUCGUCAUCCUUGUGGUCUGGGCCGGCUGCUCUGGGCUGGUUUUCCUCAACUGCUUCUUUAACUGGCCGCUGGAGCCCUUCCCGGGGCCAGAGGACAUGGACUACUCGGUGAAGAUCAAGUUCAGCUGGCUGGGCUUUGACCACAAGAUCACAGGGAAACAGUUCUAUAAGCAGGUGACCACCGUGGGACGCCGCCUAAGCGUGGGCAGCUCCAUGCGGAGCGCCAAGGAGCAGGCGGCACUGCAGGAGGGCCACAAGCUGUGCCUGUCCACUGUCGACCUGGAGGUGAAGUGCCAGCCAGAUGCUGCAGCAGCCCCCUCGUUCAUGCACAGCGUGUUCAGCCCCAUCCUGCUGCUCAGUCUGGUUACCAUGUGCGUCACGCAGCUGCGCCUCAUCUUCUACAUGGGGGCCAUGAACAGCAUCCUUGAGUUCCUGGUCAGUGGCGACCAGAAGACAGUUGCCCUCUAUACCUCUAUCUUCGGCGCACUCCAGCUGCUCUGCCUGCUGACUGCACCUGUUAUCGGCUACAUCAUGGACUGGAGGCUGAAGGAGUGCGAAGAUACCUCUGAGGAGCCCGAGGAGAAGGACACUGCCCAAGGUGAGAAGAAGAAGAAGCGAGACCGUCAGAUCCAAAAGGUCACCAAUGCCAUGCGGGCCUUUGCCUUUACAAACCUGCUGCUUGUGGGCUUUGGGGUGACUUGCCUCAUUCCCAAUCUGCCUCUACAGAUCUUCUCCUUCAUCCUGCACACGAUCGUGCGAGGAUUUAUCCACUCUGCUGUUGGGGGCCUGUAUGCUGCUGUGUACCCCUCCACGCAGUUCGGCAGCCUCACGGGACUGCAGUCUCUGAUCAGUGCGCUCUUUGCUCUCCUGCAGCAGCCACUGUUUUUGGCCAUGAUGGGUCCCCUCCAAGGAGACCCUCUGUGGGUGAAUGUGGGGCUGCUCAUCAUGAGCAUGCUGGGUUUCUGCCUGCCCCUCUACCUGAUCUGCUACCGGCGCCAGCUGGAAAGGCAGCUGCAGCAGAAGAGGGAAGAGGACAAGCUUUUCCUCAAGAUCAACGGCUCAUCCAACCGGGAGGCUUUUGUGUAGCACUGACCACCUCAGGACUGUGGCCUCCUGCCCAUGCUUCAGUGACUGAUCAGUGUCCUCCUCCUCACCCCAGAGGACCCCAUGCACCCCCAGGAUCCUCUCCUUCACCAUGUUGGAGUCCAUGCUCCCUCUCAGGGCUUUGGUCCUGCCUCGAAGCUCUGCGGUGAAAGGAUGGGAGAGGGCCCAGGAUGGGCAAUUUUCCUACUGUUGGAAGCAGGGCCGCCUUGGCUUUGCUCUGCCACCCCAAGGGACCCCAGGGCCUUGGGUCUUCAUGGUGCCUGCAGGAGGAGCCCAAAGCACUCCCAGCAGGCAGGCUCUCUCCCUUAAGGGUCUGGAUUCUGUCUUUUGCCAAAGCAGAGGGGCCUGCCAUCCACUGCCCACCACCUGCCUCUCGGCUGCAUGCCCACCGACCACACCUGCCUGAGGACAAAGGCUUGCACUGUCUGCAACUCCCUCGCCUGGCCCCUCAGCCUCCUCCCAUGGUCAGUCUGUGGCUGCCUGAGGAAGGAAGGACCCGCUUCCUGUUGUUGGUGCUAACCCCUUUGUAAUCCCAGCCCCCUGUGGCCUGUCCAUGGCUUGUCCUCUCAUUUGAGGCCUGUGGAGAAGCCCCCUGGCUCACAGCCUAGUGUGGGGAUGGAGGGCAGGAUGGUCAUACUAAGCCUCAGGAGCCCUGGACAAGGCUGCUUGGUUGCUCCUCACCUCCUCCCUCAGGGCUGGGGGCAGGUGGGGAGAAUGUUUCCACUGCCACCCUCGGUCCAGUCUGUGACCUGAAGGGAAUUAAAGGGCACCACCAGGGUACCUCCCUGACACACACACACAGAGUUGUUCCUGUGGGGUGGAAAUAAGGCUGUGCUGACAGACAUGGAGGCCCAGACGUGUACAGGGAAGGAGACUGAUCCAUGAGGGACCGAGGGGGGGUGUGUUUGUGUGGAAUGUGUGUACAUGUGGUGUGUGAGAUGAGGAUGAGCCCUAGGGUCUGUCCUUAUGCCCACCAACCAGACCAGAAGCCCACUGGGCCUGUGGCAGCCCCAGGGUUCCGGAAUCAGUCUGGAUCAGGACGUGGAGCUUGUCCGGAGCCACAGCGCCCCCUGCUGGCAGAUUCUGCCAGAGCCCUGGAGCUGUUUACAAGGGAGAAGCCAAGCCUGCCUGGCUGGUUACCCCACCCAACUUGACUGCCCCCAGAAAUGUGUCUGAGACCUGCUGGGUGCUGAGAGGAGUGGGCUGAUUUUUAGGUCUUUAGUUUUUCUUCUCUUAAGUUUUAUCAUACUUCUUUUUAUAAAGCAAUAAAUCCAUUUUCCUCCCAGUAAGGGCCACCCCGCCUACCA